GUCAGAGCUGCUAUUAUCAGGCUCUCGAAUCAAAUAUGCGGAGUGAGAUGAUAUGAACCAAACAUGCUGCCACUUUAGAGUGCACUGUUUCCAUCCCAUUGGUCCUGGGCGAGUUGGGGAGCCGACAAGAUGGGCCCACGCCAGGACACGAACGCUCGCUCCGGUUCAACGGCUGAUGCAGACGCGCGGAGCUCAAAGCGGCGGAAAAUGGCACACACACAGCCAGCAAGCCAGCCUCAGGCUCAUGGCCGAGUGCGAACGAAAGAGAAAAGACGGGCCUCGGGAGGCAGACGCCUUGGUCCUCACCCGCCGCGAGAUCUCCGUCGACUGACUGGCCGGCCAAAACCCGACUCUGGUCUCUCCACUCCUCAAGGAACGUCAGAUGGGGAGGGCAAGUUCACCCUAUCGUUCGCGAAAUCCGUUCUUCACAAAAUCUGGAUCCGCAACAAGAACCAGCAUCGGACGCAACCGUGGUGGAAAUCGCUGUCCAUGUUGAGGAAGGCUGUCUCACGACUGGUCCUCAUCGAGCAAGAGGAACGCACUCUGCGAGGUCUGAUUGGGCACGGCGGCGUGGACGCCAAAGACGCGAGGGAAAGGUUCGAGCGCGAAACACAAAUCCGCAGAGAGAAAGACGUCUGGGUCGACUGGACUCGUCAGGUGUUGGUGCCGAAGGCUUACCUCGGCUUUUCCGGACUCGUGAGUGAUACUCAAUUCGCACACCUGGGAAGUGUGCUCGUAGGGCUCCUUGCCGACCUGGUGAGCAGUGUGGGUCUCCCGACCCCAAGCCAACAAGAGGAAGUCGAGCAGGGAAGGACGGUGACUACGGCAACCAGAGGGGGCCAAUCCGACACAGCAACUGCUGCCAAGCCACGAAGUCUCACGGCGAAGAAUAUCAGAGUUACGGGCUCGCAGAGCGGUGAGGUCGUGGAGAGAACGUAUGAAAGUGACGACCUGGGAGAAGUGGUCGAGAGAAAGCGAAGUGGCCCCAAGCAGGAACAGGAGCUGAGCAAACCCACUACCCGCACAAGGCCUGAUAGAGCUACGGUCCGAAAUCCAACCCUUGGCGGGAGGAGAGACCAGGCAGCGGCAGCUGGUACUGCGACGGAUGGCGUUGCUGGAAAGUACAAGCCGGUCGAAAUCACGAAGGAACGAAGGCGAGAGGAUCCCUCCCCAGCGGCCGAGAAAUCCAGAGCACCUUCGCCCUCGGCUUCCGCAGCAGCUUCACUAGCCAUUUCCCAAAAGAAUCCUGCCACCGCAACUACAUCCCAAGACUCCGCUGGUAUCCCUCCUCCUCUCCAUCCACCGGCUCCGCCGUCCGGACUUGACGCGACGGGAACAGCCACCGUGUCCAAAGACCAGCAGAAGCAGAAGCAGACCACAACUACUGCGCAGACCGGUGCCGGGAAGGAGAACACGAGGAACAGAAGCCAGCCUAAACGAAGCAACACCAAGGGCAAAGGAAAAGGAAAAGGGAAGGACGUCAUCGACGACUUGUUCGCGGGCUUGACGUGAGAUCGAUUUGAAUGAAAGAAAAUGAAAUGAAAUCUCUACCCAAUCA